GUGAUGCUAUUUAGACACCUACAUAAAAUACAGAUGUUCUGUUUUUAGGAGGCUAUGACAGUCAGGUGCACUAGUAACCCAAGAUGCGACUGUGCAAACCAGUUACAUUGAUAAUAGUGCUCACAUGCGCACUGUUAGCUUACUGUGAGUAUAUUGUCUUUCACUGGGCGGCUCACCAGUGGAGAUACGAUCCCCUGCCGUGUCAGGCGAAGGGCACAUGCGUUCGUAUCGCAGCCAUCGCAGAUCCGCAGUUGCAGGGCUAUCAGGACGAGCCGUCUGGAGUGAUCGGCUCUAUUACUCGCUAUGAUGCCGACCAUUACCUGCGUAGUGCCUACGGUUGCCUGGUACAGUACAUGUCGCCCGAUGUAGUGGUCAUCUUAGGAGACGUCCUUGAUGAGGGGUACCAGGCUGAUGAUGAAUCGUAUGUUGAGUACUUGGACCGUUUCAAUAGUAUCUUCAGUCCCGAUAUGGUCUCUCGGAUCAUUGUGCCGGGUGACAACGACAUCGGCGGAGAGGGCCGUGACACGCAAGACUACAAACAAGUACACCGCUUUGAAGACUGGCAGGGUGCAGUCAACCAGAAAUCAUCAUUGAAAGGCAUAGAGUUUGUCAGCAUCAAUAUCUUGGCACUGACAGCGCAACAAAAGACAGUGGAGUCUAUUAAGUCCACCACGCAGUUCGUUCAUGACUACACGCCGGUGGAGACCUUCUCCGUGCUACUAUCGCACGCGCCUACUACCAUGCUCCCGAAGGAUAAGCAACGGUGGCUGGUGGAGAAUAUACAGCCCAACCUGAUACUCUCCGGACAUACCCACAUCAGUGGGCAGCAAGUGUCUCGAGGGCACAGCGGGUCAGACCUGUUGGAGUGGACCGCGCCUACAUUCAGCUAUCGCAUGGGCGUGUCUAAGAUAGGUUUCUUGUCCAUACUGGUAGACCCCAUCACGCACCAGGUGUCCAUGCACGAAUGCUGGCUACCGUCCAGAUACAAUCACCUGGCCAUGUAUGGCGUGUGGGCCGCGGCGCUGAUAUUCAUCGGCGAAUCUGUGUGGCUGUUCAAUUUCUGGAGUUCUUGGGUGUGUCAAGAGGAAGCGACUGAUUCUGCGAAGCUUAAGCGGUGGUCAUGA